AGACUGCACUCUGAAUGAGCUCACAUGCUCGCUUGGAAAAAACAAUAGCACAUUCAAAAAUAGAGGAAUGCUUGGGAAUCUUUUAUCCAGUGAUGCCUCCUUCCCAGCCCACAUAUACACACAUAUGUGAUUUGGCUUGUAGAGUCGGCUGGAGUUUGGUUUAACUGCUAACGGUUACUCAUGCAUUGUUGAAUACCUGGGAUUCAGGACAAAACCAAGCCUGUCUGAUGUCUGUCUCUCUCCAUACAGUUCUUAUCUGAGGAGGAACCAGACUGGAUUGGUCAGAUCUGCUAAUCUGUGUGUGUAACCAUGGCGAGGAUACCUUUCCUCUGCUUUGUUGUGCUGAUUUUCUUCUGGGCUGCUACAGCUCUCAGCGUUUCAGUCUUCUACAGCAGCCCAAAGGCUCACAUGCUCCUUCGCUCCAAAAGAGCCAACAGCUUCCUGGAGGAAAUCAAGACAGCAUCACUGGAGCGAGAGUGUAUGGAAGAGGACUGUGACUUCGAAGAGGCCAGAGAGAUCUUUGAGAACAGAGAGCACACGUUGGAGUUCUGGGUGCGGUAUGCAGAAACCACAUCCCUUAACUGCUCGGAGAACAACGGUCACUGUGACCAUGACUGCUACGACAGGAAAGGCAAAACUGGCCGUUUCUGCAGCUGCAUCCAAGGAUACCAACUCCACGAAAACUCCAAGGAGUGCAUUCCCAAAAGUGAAGAUUCAUGUGGACAGAUUUUGAUUGCCAAGUCGACCUACAGUACUAAGCCCAGACCAAUUUUACAGCCAUGGCUUGUUGGUGGUGAAGUUGGCAGAAGAGGAGAGAGUCCCUGGCAGGCUCUUAUACUGAACGCCGGUGGAGAUUUUCACUGUGGUGGCGUCUUGAUUGACGAAAGCUGGGUCCUCACUGCUGCCCACUGUCUUGAGACAAGCCUUCGCUUCAGCGUCAGACUAGGUGACUAUUUUCAAUUAAUGAAAGAAAAAAACGAAGUUACCAUCCCUGUGUCCAAAAUCGUCUCCCAUCCAAAGUACAACCCCGAGACGGCGGACAACGACAUCGCCCUCCUGCGCUUGGUCUCUCCGGUGAAGUUCUCCACCUACAUCCUGCCGGCGUGCCUGCCGAGCCGUAGCCUGGCCGAGCGAGUGCUCCACCUCAACGGAACCCAAACAGUAGUGACCGGCUGGGGCAAACAAAAUGAGACAGCGACCCACUACAGCUCUGCUCUCGGCUUCAUCAACGUCCCCCUGGUGGACCAUGCAGAGUGCGCCCGCCACAUGGUCAACAACCUGACCCAGAACAUGCUGUGCGCCGGGAUAAUAGGGAAGGUCAGGGAUGCCUGUGAGGGAGACAGCGGCGGCCCCAUGAUGACCCAGUACCACAACACAUGGUUCCUCAUAGGCCUCGUGUCGUGGGGCGAGGGAUGCGGCCACACGGACAAACUGGGCAUCUACACCAAAGUCUCCAAUUAUCUGGAGUGGAUAGACAGCGUCCGGAAGGAAGCAACGGGUCCUUGA